AUGGUCACUAUGAGAUCUGUUGUUGCUGUUGCUGCCUCAAAACAAUGGUACAUUUAUCAAAUGGAUGUACAUAAUGCAUUUUUUAAUGGUGGCUUAGAUGAAGAGGUAUAUAUGGUGUUGCUUGAGGGGUUUUAUAGACAGGAGGAGUCUCAGAAGGUCUGCAAACUUCAAAAAUUCUUGUAUGGCCUCAAGCAAGCAUCCAGACAGUGGAAUCUGAAGCUUACAGAAGCACUAGUACAUAUGGGAUUUCAACAGAGUCACUAUGAUUACUCACUAUUUGUUAGGAGAGUUGGGGAUGAUAUUGUGAUCAUACUUGUAUAUGUAAAUGAUCUCUUAAUUACUGGUAGCAAUCACAAGCUUCUAUGUGACACAAGGCUAGAUCUUCAAAGCAGGUUCAAAAUGAAGGAUCUGGGAGAACUAAAGUUCUUUCUAGGUAUUGAAUUUGCAAGGUCUAACAAGGGGAUUCUAAUGAGUAAGAGGAAAUAUUCUUCGGAGCUGAUCUCUGAAACAAGUCUCAGUGGAGCAAAGCCAAUUAGUACACCUAUGGAGCUCAACCAAAAGCUGACUACUGUAGAAUAUGAUCUAUCCUUCAGAAAAGGAAAUGCUACCGCUGAUGAAGUGCUAAGAGAUCCGGGUGUCUAUCAAAGACUAGUUGGAAAAUUACUAUACCUAACUAUGACCAGACUUGACAUCUCCUUUGUAGUACAGGUCUUAAGUCAAUUUAUGCAUUGUCCUAGAAUUUCCCAUAUGGAGGCAGCAUCAAGAGUAGUGAGGUAUAUAAAGCAAGCACCUGGUCUUGGACUGCUUAUGCCUGCAGAAGACACUAAGAAUCUGACUGCUUACUGUGACUCUAAUUGGGGAGCUUUUGUGGAAACAAGAAGAUCAGUAACUGGCUAUUUGGUAAAGUUUGGAAAUGCCUAG